AUGGAAGAGAGCGAGCUUCCGUUGUCGAAGCUUGUGGAUGAGAUUUAUGGGAGGGUGAAUAUUGAGGUGGCAAAUUGGAGAGUUAUGUUGGCAGAAGGUUUUAACUUUGUGUUGGUGAAGAGUAGUGUGUUGUUUGUAGGUGAAGAGUAUUGUGUUGUUUGUUGGGCAGAGGAUGAUGUAUUGGCAAUGUAUUGUGUUUUGGGUGAUGUUGUAGCUGCACGGUACGUGUUUGAUGAAAUUCCUAGCUUAAGUGCAUUUUCUUGGAGUGUGAUGAUUUCUGGAUAUGCAAAAGUGGGUGAUGUUGAUUCAGCUAGGUUGUUCUUUGAUGAAGCACCUGAGAAAGAUAAAGGUAUAUGGGGUGCUAUGAUUUCUGGUUAUGUACAAAACAGUUGCUUUAAAGAAAGUCUUUAUUUGUUUCGAUUGAUGCAGCUUACGGAUAUAGUACCUGAUGAAUCUAUAUUUUUGAGCAUUCUUUCUGCCUGUGCUCAUCUUGGAGCUUCAGAUAUUGGUGUGUGGAUUCAUCGACAUUUGAAACAAUCGAAGCUUGUUCCGUUCAGUGUUCCUUUAAUUACUAGUUUAUUAGACAUGUAUGCUAAAUGUGGGGAUUUGGAAACGGCAAAAAGAUUAUUCAAAUCAAUGCAAGAGAGAGACAUUGUAUGUUGGAAUGCUAUGAUUUCUAGUUUGGCAAUGCAUGGAGAUGGGAAAGGUGCACUCCAACUGUUUUAUGAUAUGGAAAAAGUUGGGAUGAAACCUGAUGAUAUAACAUUUAUUGCUGUUUUUACUGCUUGUAGUUACUCAGGAAUGGCACAUGGAGGUUUGAAGUUGUUGGAUAGAAUGCUAAGUGUUCACAACAUUGAGCCAAAAAGUGAACAUUAUGGUUGUUUAGUUGAUUUACUUAGUAGAGCAGGGCUUUUUGAAGAAGCAAUGGUUAUAAUAAGAAAAAUUACCAAAUCUUUGAAUGGCUCUGAAGUGACAUUGGCUUGGAGAGCAUUCCUGAGUGCAUGUUGUAACCAUGGAGAAACUCAACUAGCUGAACUUGCUGCUGAAAUUGCGGUUAAAAUUUUUGCCCAAGCUCCCUAA